GUUCCCUCCGCUUCUCCCCUCCCCCUGACCCUGGCACGUCCCCUCUGUUGCCCGAUCCCUUCCUUCCAAGGAUAGGCAGUUGCCUGGCAUGUCACCGAAGCCUUUAAUAAAAGGGAGGAGUUCGCUUCAAAGGCUCUUAAUAGAGACAGGCGGGACGGACAGGGACACUGUAGGCUGCAGCUGGAAGCGCUUUCACCUGCAGUGAGGUCCUUGGGGAGAAGUCGGCUGCCUCCCUACAGGCGCCCUGUUUGCAAACAGAGCAAAGGUCAGCACCAUCACCAUGAACAAGGUGAAGAGUUUUAAGCGUCGAUUCUCCCUUUCUGUCCCUCGGCCAGAAACUAUUGAGGAAAUUACAGAGCAAUAUAAUCAGCUGAAUAGCCGGUGUGGGGAAGGCCUUGAUCAUUCCCACCUGCAGGUGGUACAGCUGAGCCCAGGAACUUCUGCUCUGUCUCCAUCAGAUGGCGAGGGUUUGUCUCCAACUGCACUGAGUUAUAGGAAGACUGUUCAGCGCCGUCUCUCCAUGGAGGAUGUGAGCAAGAAGCUUUCUCUGCCGAUGGAUAUCCGAUUGCCCCCAGAGCUUCUGGACAAGCUGCAAAUAAACAGUCCAGAUGAUGACCCAAAACCCCUGAGCCGGUUACUAAGAAGAGCUUCUCUGUCUGACAUUGGGUUUGGAAAACUGGAGACAUACAUAAAGCUGGACAAAUUGGGAGAGGGAACCUAUGCCACUGUCUUCAAAGGUCGCAGCAAACUUACAGGGAACCUGGUAGCCCUGAAGGAGAUCAGACUGGAGCAUGAGGAAGGCGCACCCUGCACAGCAAUCAGAGAGGUUUCGCUUCUGAAGAAUCUUAAACAUUCCAACAUUGUAACACUGCAUGACAUCAUCCACACAGAAUACUGUCUCACUCUUGUAUUCGAGUACUUGGACAGUGAUUUAAAACAGUACUUAGAUAACUGUGGGAACCUUAUGUGCAUGCACAAUGUUAAGAUCUUCAUGUUCCAGCUGCUUCGUGGUCUAUCCUACUGUCACCGAAGGAAAAUCCUGCACAGGGAUCUCAAACCACAGAAUCUGCUGAUAAAUGAGAAGGGAGAGUUAAAGCUGGCAGACUUUGGCCUUGCAAGAGCCAAAUCAGUACCCACCAAGACCUACUCCAAUGAAGUGGUGACACUCUGGUACAGACCCCCUGAUGUUCUUCUAGGUUCCACUGAGUACAGUACACCCAUUGAUAUGUGGGGAGUUGGAUGCAUUCUAUAUGAAAUGGCAACUGGACGGCCUAUGUUUCCAGGAUCCACAGUGAAAGAGGAACUGCACUUAAUAUUCAGAUUACUAGGAACCCCUACAGAGGAGACAUGGCCAGGAAUAUCUUCUAAUAAAGAGUUUAAAGGCUAUGGCUUCCCUCAAUAUCGAGCUCAACCACUAAAAAAUCAUAUUCCAAGGCUUGAUACAGAUGGGAUCGAUCUACUUAGCAGUCUCUUGUUAUAUGAGGACAAGAGGAGAAUCUCAGCAGACAUGGGGCUCAGACACCCCUAUUUCAAAACCAUGGGGGAGCAAGUACUAACCUUACCUGACACUGCAUCAAUCUUCACAGUUAAAGAGAUUCAACUACAGAAAGAUCCAGGGCAUCGUAGCUCCAUUUUUCACCAUACAGCUCGAGGGAAGACCAGAAGACAGAGUAUAUUUUAGAGGUGGCAUUGGAUGAACUGGGAGCUCCCUGGAGAGCCCUUAGCAAGACAGUACUGCAGUGAUACAGUAUACACAUAUAAGUAUUAGCUAGAACUUGCCCUGCUGCAGUGAGUCUUGUGCCAAAUGUAAUUAACUGUUUAUAGGUGAACAUGUUCAGGGACCAGAGAAGAGUUAAGAGUUGUGUUUCCUCUCUUCCAAACCCCACUAAAGCCUUAUUUUAACUAUGUAGAUCAAAAAAGGACAGAGUGAAAUUACUUAGUAAAUUUUAAAACAAUUCUAAUUUUUUUCAGGGUAGAAAUAGUGGUUGGUCUUUUAUGAACACCAAAAACAUUUUUGGGACAUAAUGUUGGAUUGAUUUGACAACACUGCAUUCUGUGCUCUCACAUUUCACAGAUCAAACAAGUAUUGAAAAGAACAGCAAAACCACAGUUCUGAGUCAAGAAGAGUAGAUGGUAUCUGCCACUCUGAAAGUAUUUUCUUAAUGAACCCUUUUAUACUUAUGACAUAAAUGCAUUCCAAAUUCCGUAUGAUGGGAACAAUUAAGGCUGUUGCUAGUUUUGUCAUUCCACAUGAAGGCAUACAGAAAGCUGAAAACUGGCAUCUGUCUUUAAAGUGCAGAUUCCAGGGGCCAUCUUGUGCUAUAACGCCACACAUUCCAUGUAAAUCAAUAGUAAUAACCAGGCACUCUGGGCUAUAUAUAGUUUAUAAACAUUUACAUGUUUUCAAUUUUUUUUUUUUUUUGCUAAAGGUUAAAAAACCCAAACCUUUUUUAAAGUGACAUAAAUGGAAAAAAAAAUCAUAAAAACAAACAUAAAAAAUGGGAAAUGCACACCAACAGUCUUACCAAACUUUUUUCUGUUAGGCCCUCAUAGUAAAGAGAUUUUGUUUGUUUGGUGCUUUGGAAAGAUUGGUACCCUGGGCAGGGGUGUAACUACAGAGAAAGCAGACCCUGCAUCUGCAGGGGGGGCCAGGAAGUAUAGUGGCCCCAUGAGGCCCUAAUUCAUAUACAAUUUCAAUAAAUAUUGUUUAACAGGUCAAUCUCUAGACAUUUUGGAGGCCUGAAAAAUAGUUUGCUGUGGGGCCCAGUAAUAUCUAGUUACGCCACUGACCCUGGGGUUGGAGGGGGAGUUGAUGCAUUAAGAUUGCAUAUUGCACUAUGAGAGUUAACGGUCAGCCCUUGCAAUAUACAUUGCGCUUGCAUUUGAACAUUCUGAGCAUGCUAAAUUUAGUAACAAAUGAUGUGUCUUUGAAACAAAAUGGUAUGCCAUUAAGUCAUUUAAUUAUAAUGGCAUUUAAUAUGUACCUACAUUUAGGAGGUUAUUUAAUAAAGUCCGAAAGUUUUUGGUAGAAAAAAAAAUAAAAAAAAUUUUGAUUUAUUAAACCCUGAUGGUGUUAAAAGUCCAAAUAAAAAAGUCAUUAUGAUGGUUUCCUAUGCUGAAAUCCAGCUGUUUAACAGUUCUUCUCUUUCUGCAUCAUUUGAAAUCCUGGCAGGGAAGGAGGGACUAAACACUGAUGUUGCAAAUUGUAACAACCUCUCCACAGUUGACAGCAUGUAGGAACUACAUAACCCAUAAUGCAUUGUACUGUGAAGUUCCAUUCUCAGGGCCGGAACUAGGGGUAGGCAGAAGAGGUGCGUGCCUAGAGUGCAAAGGUAGAGGGGCGCCAGGCACGCACCUCUACUGAUGACUUCCCCUAGUUCGGACCGUUGUGUCUACGGCAGCUUUCUUCCGAAAGAGAGCGUGUGCAUGCGCAUUAGCGUUUCCUUGGCGCAGUAGCAGUUCCUCGGCGAUUACACUCUUCUGUGCAUGCGCACUCAUGCUACCUCGGAGCUUGCUCUUCUGCGCAUGCGCAAGCAGUAGAGGGGCGGCAUUGUCGGCUGGGUUGCCUAGGGCGCCCAGCCGACUUUGCCCAGCACUGUCCAUUCCUUAUUGAGAUCACGUGUGCAGGGAAUUGUGGGGUUUGGAGGAUGCAGGCUGAGGACAGAUGGCUGCUGAUACAAAGUAACAGUAGUCAGCCAACUCAGCAAA